GCGGGAGACAGCUCAUGGCCACUGGUCGAUGACAUGCCCCAAGCAACCCCCAUCUACCAACUAGAGUUCACGACGGAUAUUAUCCAUCAAUAUUUCGCUACAAACCGACAGAGCGAGAUAUGACUACAUCAAUUGUGGCUGGAUUACCCGAUCGUGAGGCGCUCGCGCUCGCGCAGCAAGCGCCGACGAUCCUACGAGCACAUCCCCGUGUCUUUUCUGCGUCGCCGCUUCAACCUCUGAUUAGCGGACCCGAAACGAGUGAAAUAUGGACAAACUACGAGAACUUGUUACUAUCAUGCCUCCGAACUGGCAACGAUAGAGCAGCGCUUGAGUGCCUAGAACGACUGACGAUGCGGUUUGGCGAAAAGGACGAACGUGUUAUGGCUCUCGAGGGAUUAGCCAAGGAAGCCAUGGCCGAAACGGAUGCCGAUUUGCAGGCCGUUCUGAAGGAUUAUGAUGAUAUCAUGAAAGAAAAUGACUCGAAUAUCCCUAUUGCCAAACGUAGGGUUGCUUUACUACGCUCAAUGGGCAGAACAGCAGAUGCAAUCGCAGCCGUCAACGCUCUUAUAGAAUACGACACCACUGAUGCAGAGGCUUGGGCCGAGGCUGCCGAUAUGUACUUGGAAGAAGGCCUCUACUCUCAAGCCAUGUUUGCUCUGGAUGAAGUGCUUGCUUUGUCUCCAAACGCAUGGAAUGUUCAUGCACGAGCAGGAGAAGUGCUGCUUAUGGCAGUUGCAUCAUCAUCAGAAGCAUCACCCGCUAGCCAACUUACAGAGGCUGUGAAGCGGUUUGCUCGUAGCGUCGAGCUCUGCGACGACUAUUUGAGAGGAUAUUACGGUCUGAAACUGGCGACCGAUAAGCUGUUGGCGUUACCCGCCAAGUCUAAGAAAACAGAUGGUGAAGGAUUUGAGGUACCGUCACCAGCCGCACUGCAGAAGCUCAACGAAUUGUCUGUGAAGAAGCUUGGAGAUAUUGUUCGCCACUAUACAGCUGGCGAUCAGAUGUGGAUGGGAUAUAAUGCCGGGGAGAUCGAAGCAGCCAAGAAGCUUCUUGAAGGUACUGCCGCCAAGGUAGUUCGAUGAUGGUUGAACACAACUUGCGGAAAGUUGGCUGCGAAGAAUUCGAUAUAUAAUCCGUUGAAAUGCUAGUGAUGGCCGUGAUUCGCACCAUGUGGAUAUUAGGUUAUGAGAAUCGGUUGACGAAUUAAACAAUACAUCACAUAUUACCAACCACGAAAGCACAUGCCCGAUUCUCUCUUGCCUGGCUUACGUCGCUCAGGCGAAGCAUAAUCUCCACCGACCUGUGGUAGCCACAGUCCGCGCCCUACUACCAGGCUGCCUCGUCGACAUGGGGUACCAAGUGAGGAUGCCGAAACGGUCUGUGCUUUUGUUACCUGGUGCUUGUUGGCGUUGGCAGCAGAAGGUGCAUUAGAAGAGCUAGUAGUAGCAUCACACGAAGAUUAAUAUAAGAUAUUAUGAAAAAGAUACCAGAUU